AUGAAGCGCAAAGCCGAGUCUGGCGCCGCCGCGACGGCUCCCGCGAGCAAGCGCGCCAGCGACGACGUCGAGGGCUCCUCCAAGAAGCGCCGCCGCGUGAGCAAGGCCGAGGACGACGUGGCCGCCGCGGAGGUCGCCGCGCCGAGCAAGAAGGAGAAGAAGGAAAAGAAGGAGAAGAAGAAGGACAAGAAGGACAAGAAGGCCAAGAAGGAGGAGAAGGAGCAGGUCGAGGCGGCGGACAGCCAGGAAGCAGUGGUUGCUGCCCCGAGGGAGGAGGAGGAGAGCGGCGACGAGAAGCCAAAGAGGAAGAAUAGCGAGAAGAAGGACAAGAAGAAGGAGAAGAAGAGCAGCAGCAAGUCGGACAAGCCAAGCGAAGAGGUCCCUGCCGCCAGCGAGACCAAGGACAAGUCCAAGAGCAAAAAGGACAAGAAGGCCAAGAAGGCCAAGAAGGCGGAGGAGCCUGCCUCCGCGGAGGACGCCGCGACGACCGGCGAUGAUGCCGAGCAAGAAGAGCAAGGCCAGGGCGAGGAGGGCGAGGGCGACGAGGAGCAGGAGCAGGAGCAGAAGAAGGCGGCGCGCUUCAUCGUCUUCAUCGGCAACCUGCCCUACACGGCCACCAAGGCCAGCGUCGCCAAGCACUUCGAGGCGCUGAGCCCGUCGAGCAUCCGGCUGCUCUCGAACCGCGAGGACCCGUCCAAGUCGCGCGGCAUCGCCUUCCUCGAGUUCGACAGCUACGGGCCCAUGAAGACGUGCCUGGCCAAGUUCCACCACUCCGAGUUCAGCGACGGCAAGUCGCAGCCGCGCAAGAUCAACGUCGAGCUCACUGCUGGAGGCGGCGGCAAGACCCAGAACCGUCGCGACAAGAUCAAGGCCAAGAACAUCAAGCUCAACGAGGAGCGCGCCAGGCGGAUGCAGGCCGAGGAGGAGGAGAAGAGGACCCGAGUCAAGUCCGGGCCCAAGCCACAGCAGCAGCAGGCCCAGGCCGACGAGGACGACCACUCUGGCGUCCAUCCCAGUCGCCGUGGCCAAAUGUCCAACAAGAGGAAAUGGUGA